AAACAUUUUCAUCGGAUAUAAAUUCUUAUUACAAAAUACAAAGUUCACUAUUAAAUAUUAGAUUUAUCUUGAAUCUCAUCUGUAAUUGUCAUUGUGACGAUAUUUAAUUUUAUUUUCAAUCACUAUUAGUGCUGUAAUCUUAUUCUAUACUAAAUCGGUAAAGUUGAAAAUCAUACAAAAAUGAUAAUGGUUUCUCUCAUCUUAAACAUUGAAACACGUGAUAGCAUACAGCGAAGUCCUGUUAUACAAAAGUAUACAGGGUAAUUAAUUUAUCUUAUGUUUAUUGUAUAUGAUUUAAUUUGUUUAUUUGAUUUGCAAUAAUUUAUAACAUAUAUUUAAUAUAAAACAUAUUACUAUAAAACAUGAUGCAAUUUAUAUUACAGUAACGUACUCUAAAUAAAAUCGGUAUUGUUAGUAUUAUUAAUUUUUAAAAUUAAUGCAUUAUGGAUUAUUUAACACCACCAAAUUUAAAUGCUGAUGUCUACAGAAAUAUGACUAUAACAGAUAGGCCACCUACUAUUAAUAAACAUUUGCAAUUUAUUACAAUUUAUAAUGAAAAAAGUGCUAUUCUUGGAGGAAAUAAUCUGACAGAUCGCUAUUGGAAUGGUAUUGUCUGGUAUUAUAAUGAUAUUGCAGAUUUUGAUAGAGAUAAAGCUCUCUUUGCUAUAAAAACAGAGAGUUGUGUUUGUGAUGCUGUUUUUUUACAAAGCGAUAAAUUUGUAAUUGGUGAAGAUAGUGGAGCUUUACAAAUUUUUGAUCUAUCUAAAAUGCCUAAUGACUCAGAAGAAUUACAAUGUGCAGGAUAUGCCACUUUACAUGAUAGUAGUUUAUUAACUCUAUCUGCAUUUAUAGAUAAAGAACAUGUAGUUUCAGGAGGAAUGGAUUGUUGUAUAAAAAUAUGGGAUAUAUCAGAGUUAAUAGCAACAUAUUCAUUUAGUUUUGCUCAUACAGAUACAAUUACUUGUAUUGAUGUUAAACCUGAAAGUAAUACAGAAUUUGCAUCAACAUCAUCAGAUUGUGAAGCAUUAAUGUGGGAUAUAAGACAAUCAAAGCCAGCUCAAAGUAUUCUAAAGAAAGAUGCUGGUUUAAAUGCAAUAUGUUGGAGUCCAAAUUUAUCAAAUAUUUUAGCAAUAGGUACUGAUGAUGGAGAAAUUUUAAUAAUUGAUGUCAGAAAGGGAGGUGUAAAAGUAUUAUCAAAAUCAUCUGCAUUUUCUAGACCAGUACAUAGACUUUCAUUUAAUCCAAAUUCAGAAAGUAGGAUAGAAUUAGCUGCAUGCUGCAACGAUGUUUUUGUAGAAGUAUUUGAUAUAAGUAAUGAUCUUUUACUAAUGUAUCAAGAUGAUCAUCACACUGAUUUUGUACGUGGUCUUACAUGGUUCAACAGAUAUUUAUACUCUUGCUCUUGGGAUAAUACAGUGUUAAAACAUACAAUUGACUUUGAAAUUAAUGUAUAACUUGUUAAUAUAACUAUGAUUAAAAUUGUUAAUAUAUA